AGGAGCCCCCAGAGAGAGAGUGAGUGAGAGUCCCUGUCCCUGUGGGAGUGUAGCAGCGCUGCAUCCAUCCAUCCAUUCCACCUCGCCUCGCCACCUUUGCGGGGCUGUCGUGACGGAGGAGAAUGGAAACUGGGCUUACAUUCUCCUCUCGUCUCCUCUCCUCCUCGAUGCAGUUUUGUUUCCCAGCAGCUCCUUUAAUUAGAUCGCAGCAAAAAGUUCGAUGGUAGGGAGGGGCGUGAUUAUGAACAAGCCGGGAGGGGAGGCAGGGAGGGGAGGGGCUGGCUGGCUAGCUGUAAUGCUUGUCAUUCCGGAUAAUCGCCGAUCCCAGUUGUUUAUUUGUUGCAGAUGGUGAAAUCUAGGGUAAGGGGAGAUUGGUGAGCUUGAUUGACUUGGUGUUGCCAACCGCAUUGGGCCAGCGGUUGUCCUGUUUUAGUAGGUUGUACAAUCUAGGAAGUAGUGGGAUUGGGUCUACGGAAUGGCGAGGCAGAUCUAGGGAGUGGAGGUUUUUGUCUCAGGCUGUCCGUUGCAGCAGAGCAGGGGCAGCGAGCGCCAUCGCCAUCGCCGGGUGGGUGCGAAAGCCCCAAGGACACAGGUGAUGUAGAUACAGGACAUGGCUCCGUCCGAGGGUUCUUCCUACACUAGUACCUCCCCUUCUUGUUUUCACUGGGAUCAGAACAGAUAAAAGAGCAUCUGUAGGAACUCAUCAUUGAUUGAUAGAGUAGCUGUUCAAGUAGAGGUCUCCGUGACUCCUUUUGAGCCUGCACUAGGUGGCCUGUUCUUCUCAUGGUAUAGGAUUCUGCAAGAAGUGCGACCAGGAUAGCGUGCAUUGAGGUUUGCACUUGGUAUCAGCAAUUUGGUUGCUGAUAAAUAUCGGAUAAGUCUGAGGGCUUCGCAUUGGAACAUCGAGGACAUAGGCUUUUGCCUAGUCAUUGUGGAAAACCAUGGUUGGAGAUGCGAAACAAGAAGGGGAACUCCCUGUAUUACAAUUACACAAUUGGGCCAAUUCUCCACUGGUCAUUUCUCUCUUUAAAUCUGCUGCUCUUGCUCCCUCUCGCAACAAAAUUUGUCUCCUUUCUCGUCAUCAUGAAGCCCUUCUCAUUCCUCUUGGGUUCUCGCACAGUAGCUCCUUGGUUAAUUGCUCCGCCUCUUUUUCCAACGACUUGCCGGAUACUGCCCCUGUUUCCGGAUCGAUUGCUUCAUGCUCAUCAACUUUUACACCCGGAAAGGACCCUCAUCAGGAAGUAUUGGUGGAGGAAGUAGGGUCAGAUAAUCUGGAAUCAGCUGUGUCCUCCCUCGAGUCAUCUGCUACUGUACAUAUCAAUUCUGAAUUUCCUAGAACCCUAGCAUAUUCGAUUGCCGGACGAGGAUUUGCCCUUGUACAAGAAAUUCUUGUUUCGGAGAAGCUGGACAUUCAAAAUUCCACUUCUCAGUCUACUCCUCUUUCCUCGAGUACAUCAAGCCCUUCAUCAACUUUCCUUGAUCCUCAUCAACUUUCACGUCCCCCAUCUUCCAAAUAUGAAGCGACGCCUGACCUUCAAUUUUCUUCGUCGUUUCCUGUCCUCUCAGACGUUGAGUGCUUCUCAUGGGCAUGUUGUGGAGACGAAUAUGAAGCCAAUCAAACUUCUGGUCCAUUUUCGGAGCUUCUUUUAACAGGUGGGAAGGAGGGAUUAAUCAUUCAUGCAUUUUGCAGUGAAGUUGGAGUUCAAUACAGACAUGAAAAUAGCGGAAAGCAUGAUAUGGAAGAAUGCGCUCAGCUCCAUCCACUCAGCGAGCAAUCCAGCGGUGGCAGAGGGGAAGAUAGAAUCCACGGAUCAUGGCGCAAUUGGGGUUUGGGGGAAUUUCAAAGACGCCAAGAGUGUUGGCGGCGACUUGAGGAGCAGUCUAAUUCGAACCAGGAUAAGAGUGAUCAAGCCAACCAAAAUUACGAGCAAGUAUGCGAUCACUCAUGUGUUCACAAUGCCAAUGAUUUUGAAGGAGUGUGGCCGCCACAGUCGUUGGAGGGUCUCGUGAGGGAUUUUUGCUCUCCAGAUUAUAGGAAAGGCGGAAAUUUGCGUAGAGGUCUUAAGUCUUUCGUUAUCGAUGCGAAGCUCGAGGGUAACGAACAUGUGUCCUCUCUUGUGUAUGACAAACAUCAGUCUUGGCCCCUGUCUGCAGAGAUAGUCACCUUCCGACUUGCACAGGGGUCUUCUGCUCUAUCUCACCUGGUUUCUCUAGCUCGAAAGACCAGUGUGGAAAGCCAAAAUCACAGAAAUGCUUCGUUGGACCAGAAAGUGGAUAAUUCGGUUCCAAGACAUGCUGCAUCUGCGUGGACCAGAUUAAAGGAUGGGUAUUUUUCUACUCCCAGAAGGCAAGAAGGUUCACAUGAAGUGGUCGGAAUAAUUUCAAGUCCCUCUCAAAACUUAGUUGCUGUCAUAUUUUCUGCUUUUUCUUCAUCUGUUCUUAAAGAAGAAGUCACUGAGUCAAGAGCGUCAGAAACCGUGGAAAGAGACCACAGUACUGCGAGUUGCGAAGGAGUUUCAGACGAUAAGAGGUGGAAGAGGUCGUGGAAGGGCUCCUUUGACCUUUGUGUCAUUACUGCAACGGUGAACAGCCGGGGUUUGAAAUGGAUAUCCGGAAUCGAUUUUGAACAUGCAGGAAAGGAGGCGAGGGUUCCAAUUGAGCAGUGGGCAGAUUUCAAGCUCUCGAUUGACAAGUUCCUCGGCUUGACAGAGAGCGGGUGUGUGUACAUUUGGACAGCAAUCACGGGCAAUUUUCUUGCAUGUAUCGAUGCUUUCCAAUUCUGUCAAGUCACCCUUGACACCACGAGGCGUAUCAACAAACGUACUAAAGAAAGAAAAGCUGACAGCACAGUGGCAAGUGCCAGUUGGUUUGAACCCGAAGGAAAACAUAAAUUUGUUCAACUUGUGGUUACGCCAGAUUGCUCGCUUCUAACUACAACCGAUGAACAGGGUGUCAUGUUUCUUGUAUCUGUUGAUGACUAUUUUUUGGCCCACCCACAACCAUUUAAUACAGACCUCAUUCCUUCCGAAAGGUACUGCUACAGAAAGCAUAAAACUCUGUCAAGCUGGGAAGUCGCUGGCUCGUCAAUCAAUCGUGCCGCACCAGUCGAAGGGCAUUCUAAGCACCAGCUGAAGAUGAGUGUAUCGUCAUCUGAUCCAAAGCAGGGUGUAACGCACGAAAAUUCAGCAGUGGUUGAUUCAUUCCGGGAAGAUUCAACCGUUCCCUGGCCUACUGCAGGCUUGAAUGGAUUCAACUCAAGGCUGAAACAAAACAAUCAAGAGCAGAGAUAUGUCGGUACAGUUGACAGUUCUUCCAAACCACUGCGCCAAGUUUUUCUUCCGCUGAAUCAGAAUGAAACUUUCGUAGAAAUGGCAUUGAACUCGUACAGUAUCACAAGGCUAGCCACCAAUAUUAAGGAUAGGAGCAAAUUUACAGUUGUACAAAGCCAGCUCCGGAUAUCGGGAGGUUCAUUUGAUGAGAUGAUGCUGAGCAGGCAGGAACUUUCUGCAGUCGAAGGGAGACUGAUCAAACAGCACAGGUAUGAGGGGGAAGUCUUAUCUUUUACUUCUCAAGGUUGUCUUUACUUGGUUACCGCAACCGCCCUACAUGUAGUUCUCCCUCCACUGGCUUUUUCUUCAUCCCAAUCUGGCCUGGCUUUCCCUCGUGACAUCCCAUGGUGGCCAAGUGAUUUGGAAAUUGGGAUGUUCUCGAAUAAGGAGAUUGGUGUGUUACCCCUCCUAUCUCGUUCCCACGUUCAACAAUGGCAAUCAGAAGUACAGGACCGAUCACUUAUUUUUGAUGGAGUGGAGGCGACCGAACGUUUGUGUGGUGAAAAUGGAUGGAAUCUGCAGCGCCUGCGAUUAAGGAGGUUACAGCUUGCAUUAGAUUAUGUACAGAUUGAUAAAAUAGAGCAGGCGUUGGAAGGUUUGGUAGACGUGGGUGCAGCCGAGGCAGGUAUGCCUCGAGUCUUGUUUGCAGCUGUUGAGCUCAUACUUGCUCCCUAUGGGACCGACAACGAGCUUGUGUUGGCAUCGCGGCUGCUAUCGAUUGCUGCUCAAUUUUCAACCAGGCUGGUUAGGCGGUACGCCGUGGCUGGUGCACGGCUACGAAGCAGGAGCACUCCUCGAAACUCCACCUUCUCUUCGUCUUUCAAGUCUCUACAGAGACAAAGUGCAUCCAAGUUUCCAAAUGGUGUUGCUGAAUUGUCUCGGUUUAUCGUCGUCAUUCGGACUCUGCAAGAACACUUGCAGGCCAAGCGCAAAGGUCGAAGUCGCAGUUUUAAGAUGUCUAGGGAAACAUCAUUUGCUUCAGGUAGUGCUUCUUUCAAAAACAGACCUAUUGUGGAAUUCCCAAGUGAACCAGGAAGUGGCGACUGGAAUGACUCUGGAAAUCAGAUUGAGCACGCAAAAUCAUUGCCAAGUACCGCAGAUGGUCCAUAUCUUCCAAUGCCGCAGGGAGUACUUACAACUACUAGUAGCUCUUUGGGAUCGAAGACAAGAUGGAACGAAGGAUCUCUUGAGGAAGCUAAAGGUAGAAGACCCUCUGUAGAGAGUGCAGAUGAGAUGUUCGCCAGAUGGGAGAACACGUCAGUGGAUGCUGAAAGCGUGGUGAGGGAUGCAUUGAUAGCAGGACGUAUACCUCUAGCUGUUGUGCAACUUCACCGCAUGCGGUCCAGGGCAUCUUUGAACAGUUCUCCAGGGUGCCAACCAGAAAUUGUUGAUGUUUUCAAGGAUGUUCAGGAAAUCAGCAGAGGAAUUGUUUAUGAGCUCCUGUGUAAGGGUAAAAUGGCGUUGGCAAUGGCUGCGCUUCGAAGAUUGGGAGAGGAUAUAGAGACAGCACUAUAUCAGCUUGCAUUUGGAACUGUUAGGCGUAGUUUGCGUAAGCAAACAAAAAAGGAACUGCUUAGACAUGUCCGGCUUGGUACCCUUGAUUCUCGAUUGCUCGGAAUCACAACUUAUCUGGAGGGGCUAUAUCCUCACAGCAGCUUUUGGACCUCAUAUUCGGCACGUCAAGGUCAAGUAGCAACCAAAGAACCAAUCAUUGAGCCUGUUCCAUCGGACGACGAAAAACAGAGUCUGCGACUGAUCUGCAAAAGCAAUGCGGGUGGAGUCUUCAGUCUCGAAUGUGGGGAUGGAGAUGGUGUAGUCUUGGGAUCCUGGAAUACAACUAAGAAUUUGGAAGCUUUGGAAAAUACUGGUUUGGGGCAACACAUUACACCACCUGGUUAUUUUGUUGUUGCAGCUGUUUGGUUGCAUGCAUGGGACCAGCCAACUGUGAAUCGGGUUAUCCUGGAUAGAUUGCAUGUUUCGAAUGAUCAUAUCCCAUGGGUUUCAUUACUAGAAUACCACGUGGCUCAUCAUAACUGGCCCUCCGUUUCUACUCUACUUGACAAUAUUCCCGAUACAUUUCUUAAUAGUGGGGUACUCCAUGUUUUGUCUGAUGAUAAUAUAAGUUCUUUACGCACACAGUCUAAGUAUCGUAUGGAAAGAGCUUCACAUCAAGAUUUCAUAAUACCGAAAGUGAAUUAUUUGAAAAUCGAUACAUUACCACUUAGUAGUGCAUGGAUGCUUCGGUUGAUGGAGGAAAAGUUAGCGAGGAAUUUUAUCUUCUUACGCCUCUAUUGGGAGCGGAUUGCGUUACUCUCUCUGUUAGCAGCAUCAGGGGUUCUUUUCAUGCCAAGUUUCGACAGAAGCAGGAACACAAAAUCCAAAGAAUUGGUACUUGCUACAAGUAUGGCAAGCAAAUCAUUUACGCCAUUCAAGUUUCAUAGAGAAGCAGUGCAAGGUGUGCAUGAACUUGUAAUUCGGCAUUGCGUGAGGCUUUCGCUUCCUCAUUUACUGGAGCGAUUUCUUACUCACCACUUGCUAGGCUUCAGCAAGACUUCUUUGACCCUUCUUGAGUCAUAUGUGGGAAAUUGUGAAUGGACAAGGUGGGAGCUACUAUCACGGUUAAGGGGUCACGAAUUCGAUGCCUCAUUGUCUAACUUCAGGAGCAUCUCAACAUCCAAUUUAAGUCCUGGCUGUAAGUAUGUGUCUGUGGAUGAUAUUGCUGCUGCUGGACAGGGACUCAUUGCUCUUGCAACGUUAAUGUUUGCUCCAGUGCCGCUCCAGAAGUGUCUGUUUGUUGACCAAAAAAUGAACAGUCAGGAGGGUCAAACAUGGCAAUGUACAUUAGAGAAUCUUCGAGAAAUACUGCAGGAGUACCCUACUUUUUGGCAGACUCUGGAAGCAGCUUCGUAUGGUCAAGAUGCGUGGGGAUUUUAUUCAGUACGGUCUGCAAAUACUGAGGAAACGACACCAGACAUCUCAAGUUAUCUACUGUGGCGAGAAACUAUUUCCUCAUCUGUUGCUGGAGAUGCUCAUCUUCUUCACAUCCUCCCUCGUUGGGUGCCCAAGAGCAUUCAGAGGCUUCUUCAGGUGGUUUUCAAGGGUCCAGGUGGAGGUUCUCAAGGGUCAUUAAACCAGGGAGGUAACUUUCCAGUCGGAAAUCUUAGAAGUAGUGAUCAGGAAUUUGGUGCGGAUUUUAAUGAGGGGGUUCUUCAAUGGGAGGCUCGAGUGCAAACAGUAAUAAAACAAGAACUUUAUGCUCCCGCCACCGAGGAGAUAGAACCUGGAGUGGAGCAUUAUCUGCGACGUGGCCGUGCGUUAGCUGCCUUCAACACAUUGCUUGGGCCACGCGCUCUUUUUCUAGAACCUGAGACUGAGGGGACUGGGAAAUCCUUACAACCACCUGAAUAUUCAAAGCUUUUGGAUAGCUUGUCAGAGAAGGAUGAGUCCCUUAUUGCUUCGGUCUACGAGUUUGCGAUUUCAAACUUUGAAAACUCAAUCACAGUCGCUGCAUGCUCUCUCUUUCUUGAGCUCUGUGGAGUUUCUGCUCAAAUGCUUCGAGUGGACAUUGCAGUUCUGCAACGUAUAGCAAAGUACUUAAGGGUGAAAGAGCAACGUGAUUGGGCAUCUUCUACCGGUACAAAUCAACCUCAAGUAAAGUUACCUUCAACUGUUUCACUUGUAAGGGCGCUCACCGAAGAAUAUGCGACGCACUCUAUCAAGUACCCUGUUGGUGACCUUUCGAAAUCGAAAUCGAAAUCCCAUACAGGUCUUAUUACAACUUUGCAAAUGUUGGAAAAGGCCACUUUAAGUGACUAUAUCCCAAAAACUAUAGAUGGGACUCCGGGUUCUUGGCUUUCGAAUGCUGCAGGCAACGGUGAUGAACUCAGAGAACUUCAACGAUCUUUAAGUGAGCAGUGGAGCCUUGUCACAGCCUUUUGCCGUGGACAUGGAUUACCUCUGAGCACUACAUACCUUGUGGUACUUGCCCGUGACAAUGACUGGGUAGGAUUUUUGGCUGAAGCUCAAGCGAUUGGUUGCCCGCUGGAAGUACUUAUUAACCUGGCAUCUAACGAAUUUACAGACCCGCGGCUUAGGUGUCACAUAUUGAUCGUGUUGGAGAGUCUUCGUACUCCAUUGCAAACACAGACACUACCAGACUGUGAAGAAGCUUCAGCGUGUGGAUUCAAAACUACAAUUCCAGAGGAUCUUUUUGGUCUACUGGCAGAGUGCGAGGGCAAGAAAUUUCCCGGUACUGGUUUACUUGCCAAAUCAGAAGAGCUCCAGUGGCCGCUCCUUGCUGUGGUAGCUUCAUGUUUUGAUGACGUGAAACCUAUAUCUUGCUUGAGCAUAUGGCUGAAAAUUACCGUUGCAAGGGAAGUAUUUGGUAAAUCUCUAAAGAGUAAAGUCGAUGAGCAACUUACUGCAACGGUAGGAGCAGCAGUUGAAGCAACGAAUGUGGAGGCAAGCACUUCACUAGAAGUUCAAUUUGAUCGUAGUAAUCCAAAAAGGCAACGUUGUUCACUGGGCAGUACUGCGGUACUGGAAAAAAAUGAUAAAAAUAUUCAGGAUACCUUUACUGAUAGAAAGUCUUCUCCUAUGAUCUCAAAUUUUGAAAAAACGCGCAUGGAGGCGGCUUCAGGCAUGGCUGCUACAGAAGAUUCUCUUGCAGGAUUGGUGGCACUUCUCUGCGAACAGCAGCUAUUUCUUCCACUUUUACAAUCUUUCGAGCUUUUCACACCAUCUUCAUCUGUUAUUCCCUUCAUACGAUUCCUUCAAGCUUUCGCUCAAAUGCGGCUCACAGAUGCCUCUUCUGAAUUAAGUUCAUUUUCAGCUCUCUUAAAACAAGAGACAAACAAGAACGCAAGGAGUAAAUCGUCCUGGAUUUCUAGAACUGCCGUUGCGACUGCUGAAGCUAUGCUGGAGGCCUGCCCCUCUGUGUAUGAGCGUCGUUGUCUGCUCGAACUUCUCUCAGCGGUAGACUUUUGUGAUUCUGGUAUAGCUGCUUUAAAAUUCAGAAGGUUACUUCGGAAGUUGCAGCUGGUGGAGCCAUCACUUUGUGCAGGGAAAGAAACUGUUGUCAAUGGCCCGAGUCUUGGUGAUGACGAAUUGCUGGCUUCACUGGAAGCAAGUGGUUUUUGGGACGAAGGUCGUAUGUGGGCUCAACAACUUGAUCUCAAAGACCACCGUAUCAGCUCUGCUCUUCACCAUGUAACAGAAACACAGGCGGAAGCCAUGGUGGCAGAAUGGAAGGAACUGCUGUGGGAUGUACAGACGGAGCGAGCUGCCUUAUGGGGUCACUGUCAAGCAUUGUUCGUUAGACACUCAUUUCCUCCACUAAAGGCGGGCACAUUUUUCCUUAAGCAUGCUGAUGCUGUUGAGAAUGAGGUCUCUAAACUGGAGUUGCAGAGCAUUUUGGUACUAGCAUUUCAGUGGCUCAGUGGCUCUUUCACUAACUCAUCACCAGUUUAUCCAAUACACCUACUGCAUGAGCUUGAGAUACGUAUUUGGCUCCUCGCGGUAGAGGCAGAAGUGGGGAUGCAGAAUAGCACGGACGAAGACUCAGUGGAUAGACCCGCCGGCGAACAUACCAGUACAAUUACGUCAACGAGUCCAGUCGAUAGAACUGCCGAAACGGUGUCAAUGGUUGAUUUGCACUUGAGGAAUAUGAGCUUAAAGAAUCGUAAAGAACAUUCAUCUAACGUUAGAGAUAACUCUUCCUCAAGUAGACGUGGGCACUCCUCUUCCCCGCAUAAAGUUAGACGGAAGCUGAAGCAUUCGAAACAUACAGCUUCAACUGCUGAUAUACUACAUGGAACUGCCCCCAAGCCUAAGUUGGCUGACAAUCAAGUUGAUAAACUUUCUCAGUUAGCCUUUGGAGAGACUCAGAGCCUUAAAGGAAGGACUGGCAGUCUAUCAUCUGCGGGAAGCUCUAAUGACUUGGACUCUCUGAAUCAGGGUGAAGUGCUUGGAAGUAGUGUUAAUCAACGGGAUGGCAGCUUCCAAUUAGGUAUUCAAUGCGGCAGCUGGGAAGAGCGCAUUGGAGAAGGAGAGGUGGAUAGGGCAGUUCUGGCUCUUGUAGAAGUGGGGCAAGUUGCUGCAGCUAAGCAACUUCAGCAAAAGUUGUCACCUGAGUACGUGCCUUUAGAGUUACUACUUGUGGAGGAUGCUAAGAAGAUUGCCAGUAUUUCAGAACCUGAUGCGGAUGAAUCUUUUAUUUGGGGUGUCCUUCAUCCACGAGUUGUCGCUGUUCUCAGUAACGUAAACUUUGCGAGCACCACGUCAUCUAGUAUUCUUACGCAGAUUCUAAAUGCAUGUGCGGAAGUUUGCCGCGAAGGUUGCGGUCGAGGUUUGUGUCAACGAAUUGCAGCAAUAGCUCAUAUAUCUAAACACUUAGACUUACAAUUCACGGAGGCUUUUGAGAAACAUCCAGUAGAUCUUCUGCAACUCCUAUCUUUUAAAGGCCACGAAGCUCUCAAGGAAGCAACUUUACUUGUGUCCACUCAUUCCAUGGCAGCCCCUGCCAUAGCUCGGGUUCUCUCGGAAACAUUUUACAAGGGCCUUGCUGCAGCAUAUCGUGGUGGCUACUCGGAAAUUACACAGUCGGAUGAGGGGCCUGGACCAUUGCUUUGGAGGGUCUCUGAUUUCAAGCAAUGGGCCCAACUUUGUCCAUCAGAGUCCGAAAUUGGGCAUGCACUUAUGCGCCUAGUAAUCAGUUCCCGUGACUUACUGCAUCCCUGUGAGGUGGAGCUUUUAAUCUUAGCGUUCCAGUAUUACGUUUCCUCCGAAUGUCUCGAUGGUCUCGAUGUAUUAGUGGGCUUCGCCGCAACACGUGUCGACUCCUACAAUUCAGAAGCAGACUUUGCGUCUCUUACACGUCUGGUAGUAGGGCUACACAGUCUCCCGGCCUUGCGUUUCAUACUCGAUAUCUUGGUAGAAAAUGGUCAGCUAGAGCUGCUAUUACAAAAGACAACAUGGCUUGAUUUCGUUGACGCGGAUAGAGCAGCAAGAUGUGCAGUGCAAGGAUUCCACAUGGGCAUUCUUUCAGCUCUGAACCACUUCAGUACUUUCGAUCAGGAUGCCUUCGCAAUGGUAUAUGCUCAGUUCAAUAUGACGUACGAGAAUGCGGCUUUGCUAAAAAAACGUGCUCAACGGGGAGUUGAGUGGUGGGUGAAACACCCACAUCCUGAGUCGAGCGAAGAGCUGCUAGACACAAUGCGCUUGUUCGUGGAGGCAGCUGAUCUCUACUUGACUGAGGAAGCAGGCAACAGCACGAGCUGGUGUUGUGCCCAAGCGUCCAUGAUAUCUCUCCAGCUUCGAAUGCCAGAAUUGAUGUGGCUGAACCUGACGGAGACAAAUGCCAGACGUUUACUCGUUGACCAACCGCGCUUCGCUGAGGCAUUGAUCGUCGCCGAAGCUUAUGACCUCAAUCAGUCCACAGAAUGGGUGCCCGUCUUAUGGAAUCAAAUGCUGCAGUCCAGCAGGAUUGACCAAUUUCUGAACGAUUUUGUAGAUAUUCUUCCCUUACCAGCUACGAUGCUCCUGGAGUUGGCUCGUUUUUAUCGUGCAGAGAUUUCAGCACGGGGGUACCAGCUGGACUUCACAAAAUGGCUCACUCCUGGGGCAGUACCAAUGGAGCUAUCGAGACACUUGGGAAAAUCAAUGCGAGCUCUCCUGAAACAGGUUUCCAACUUGAGCGUUCGAUUACAACUCGCCACGCUUGCGACAGGAUUCGCCGACGUAGUGGACUCGUGUAUGCAAUUGCUUGACCGAGUGCCUGAAACAGCUGGCCCUCUUAUUCUUCGCAAGGGCCACGGAGGCGCCUACAUUCCUCUCAUGUAAUGCAACUGCCAACAAAGAUGUGUUCCACUUCAUUUGAGUCGUAUCCAAGCGACCAUCACCCCCCAUGAUAAUCAGCUUUCAUGCUUUCUGGGCUACAACUUCGAGUAGUCAUCGAAUCAGAAGGCCUGAACUUUUACAAGGCUAAAUAGGUGUACAUGCCGUAGGGUUGCAGCAAACGUGCAAAGUGGGUCUCAUUUCUGUAGAAACAAUGCCACUCUCCGCACUAGGUGUUGCGGAUUAACAGGUACUAUUUUUAACUCGCACAUAAGGGUCACAGGACCCAUGUAGAAGAGCAGGUUGGUAUUAGUAAGCCCUUAGAACACCAGCGCAAGUUAUGAGUCAAUUCGUUCAUGGAAAUUUUGUCUUACAAAUUAAAGAUCAAGCACUGACGUUGACCCUGGUGACUUUUUAUGUUCAAACCUAGUCUGUAACAUGAUCUUGUCUCUUCAACCUAGUAAAUAUCAAAUCUUUUGGUGCUGGCUUCUUCAUUUUA